AUGCCCAUCAACUUCAAGCUUCUUACCGCUGUUCUCGUCGGCCUUGCUCACCUGGGUAUCAAGACGGUCCUUGGCUAUUGCUGGCCCAGCGAACUCAAGUGUAGCGGCGUCAAGACGCGCACCGUCACUGGCAAAUUACCAGGCGCCAACGCCAUUGGCGAUUGCCAGAGCUUCGCAUCCGCCCAUCCAGUCGUCGAUGGCUGUAUCAACUCGGACUGCACAGGCGGAUGCGACGCCAUGAACGUGAAGCCACACGCCUGCAUCGAGGAUACGAGGGCUUACAAGUGCCUCGUAUUCGCUCCCGACCCGAAGCCACCCUCGUCCAUCAGCGACCGCGCCGCAGUCCGUGGCGCCAAGGAGCCUGCUGGCACGUCCAAGCUGCAGUAA